CCCGGGGGCCUCAGCAAUUUUGUCGCCUCCCUCCCACUAGUAUGUUUUCUCUUUCUCACUCUCAGACAAACACACACACACAAUCAAUUCUUAAUGUAAUGUAAUGUAAAGAUGUAAGAUGUAAUUAUUAAUAAAAAAGGGGGAUAUCUUUAGAAGUCUUUAUUUUAAUGUGUUUUAAAGACAUCUUGCAAAAGGGGGACCUCGGUCAAAUGUUAAUGCCAUUUGGGGGGCCUUGCCCUGGAAAAGUUUGGGAACCCCUGGCCUAUACUAUAGGCUUUAUAGCAUAAUUCAAUUGUGAUAGCAUUUAAACUUUAUUUUGUUAUUGUUACACUGAAAUCUAUAAUUACAAGCUGCUGUUGUUUGAUUUAAUAUUAGGCUAUAUAUGAUCUGAUAAUAACGUGAAAUAGCAAUGUUUUGUAAUGAGAAAUAGACAGAGAGACACGUGUUACAACUGACCCCACUCUCCCCUGUGUGUUACUGCACAACUGAUCGCUCCUGUAGGAAAUCAGACGCCUGAAUCACUCAGUACACAGUAAUACUAUAGAGGAUAAAUAUAGCUCUCUCUCUCUCUCUCUCUCUCUCUCUCUCUCUCUCUCUCUGUCUCUCUGUCUCUCUCUCUCUCUGCCCCUCUCUCUCUCUGCCCCUCUCUCUCUCUGUCUCUGUCUCUCUCUCUCUCUCUCUCUCUCUCUCUCUCUCUCUCUCUCUCUGCCUGUUUAUCUGUCUGUCUGUUCCUCACAAACAUAUAGGGUCAGAAGCCCUUCCACUAUUCACAAAGCAUGUGGGGGUAAAAACGCUCAGGCAGACACUAGCCAGUGGUUGAAUAUAGAUUUCACAGGUAGUUAAACGAGGUAACCACAGAAAACCUUAGGAUUUGAUUAAAGAUGACAGUUACUUACUCGAGUAAAGUGGCCAAUGCCACCUUCUUCGGUUUCCACCGACUGUUACUGAGGUGGAGAGGCAGCAUUUACAAACUGCUCUACCGUGAAUUUCUCGUUUUUGUUCUUCUUUACUCCAUCUUUAGCUUCAUCUACAGAUGGGUGCUUACAGAUCCUCAGAAGCGUUUCUUUGAAAAAUUGUCCAUAUACUGUGAUCGAUAUGCUGAACAGAUCCCUGUCACAUUUGUGCUUGGUUUCUACGUAACGCUGGUGGUGAACCGUUGGUGGAAUCAGUUUCAGAACCUGCCGUGGCCUGACCGGCUCAUGUUCCUCAUCUCGAGCUAUGUUCAGGGUCAGGACGAACAGGGACGGCUGUUGAGGCGCACACUAAUGCGCUACGUCAACCUCACCUCACUGCUUAUCUUCCGCUCAGUGAGCACUGCCGUGUACAAGCGUUUCCCUACCAUUGACCACGUGGUGGAUGCAGGCUUCAUGACAAUAGAGGAGAGGAAGAUCUUUGAGAACCUCAAAUCACCGCACCUCAAAUACUGGAUCCCUGUGGUGUGGUUCACCAAUCUGGCCUCCAAGGCAAGGAAAGAAGGUCGAAUACAAGACAGCAUGGAUCUUCAGAUCAUUCUUACUGAGAUGAACAAAUUCAGGACCUGGUGCUCUACUUUGUUUGGAUACGACUGGGUUGGGAUCCCCUUGGUUUACACACAGGUUGUAACGUUGGCCGUCUACACAUUCUUCUCAGCCUGCAUUAUCGGCCGACAAUUUCUUGACCCUGCUCAGGGUUAUCCAGGACACGACCUUGACCUUUACGUGCCCAUCUUCACAUUGCUGCAGUUCAUCUUCUAUUCUGGAUGGCUUAAGGUAGCAGAACAGCUCAUAAACCCAUUUGGGGAGGAUGAUGAUGAUUUCGAGGUCAACUGGUGCAUUGAUAGGAACCUCCAGGUGUCACUGAUGGCAGUGGAUGAGAUGCAUAUGAACAUUCCCCACAUGACUAAAGAUAUUUAUUGGAAUGACAGUGAUGUACGGCCACCGUAUACCCGUGCUGCCGCGGACUACUGCAUCCCAUCAUUCUUGGGCUCCACUACUGAUAUGAGUCUCUCUGAAAUAUUACAGAGCGAGGACAACAAUACCAACAACCCACGGGUGCAGGCCACAGUUCUGGGCCGCAUGCGUCGCUUGCUGAGCGUCCAGGAGCCCAUGGAUCUGCACAUGCGGCCAGCUUUCAAACGCCACAGCAGUGACAUCUCCAGCUUCUUACGGUUUAAUCCAGACCACCAUUUUCACGCCAGAGUGGAGGAAAACAUGCAGACUAACUCCAAGCAACAUUUUAACACACACUUUUACCCUCUUUCCACUGUCAAUGAGGUGAACAGCACCUCACCUUCUCCUGAAACCUCGAUAAACACCCUUUGUCCCAACAAUAUACCUUCAGUAGUGAUUAGUGAACCCCAUCUAGGAGACUUCAGUGACAGUGGCAGUGUUGUACAGGAGCACACAGAACGUACACUAUCUGAGGAGUCUUCAUUAAAGUCAGCUGAGGUCCAGGAACAUUGUGACCAGCAUCUUGGAGAAGAAGUGAACAGAGCAGAAGGCAUUACAAACACAGAAUACAGGAGGUUUGGCCGCUUUUCUCCAGCUAGUAAGAUGAAAAGGAAUCAACUGUCAUUUCAGCUGUCGAGACAGAACUCGGUGAGCUCCACAAACAGCUUUCCGAGCCCCAAAGACGUCCUGAGCAGGAAAGAUCACUCUACAGAUCAAACUCUACAGUUUGAUUCCACACAUCCACAACAAACAUCUGAAACUGUAGACUCAAGCAGCCAAGAGAAAGAACCAAGAUGGCCGAAAGCUGCUCUUUGAGAAUUCAACCUGGAAUGUUUGAUCUAAACUCAGGUGACCCCAGCACUGGUCGUAACUCUGAUCCAAUUUUCGAUGUCCUUGGAGUCAGACACUUUUAGAUGAUAUACAGAAGUCAGUUAUCUUUACAGAAGUCUUGACCUGCAAAGUGUGAAGAGAAUAUGUGUGUGAGAGAGGAUUAAACAACAUUAAAAAGACUGACAUGAUUUAUAUAUAUUAUUUGUUGAUAACUUUAAUAUUGAAGGGUUAAAUGCAUUUUUGGCAAAAAUCAAAUGCACUGAAAUGAGCUUUCCAGUCAUGUCCGGAUGUUCUGCUUUUAAAGUUUAUAUAAUAAAAAAAAUCAUCAUAGUAAAUAUAUCUUGAAUACAGGCUAAUUUAACUAAUAAUUCUCUUUUGUAGGUUAUUUCUAAACAAACAGGCGAUUAAGACUAUUUCGAGAUUUUCUGUUUCUAGCAUGAAAUGUUCUUAUUCUAUUUGCUAAUUGUUUAAAAUUAGCAAAAAUGAUCAAUGAGCCAAUAGGAUGAAGCUGUUUCAAGCUUGAAAUUACUAAAUGUGUAGAAAUAGGUUUAAUAAUCUUAGAAUUUGGUUUAUCGUUAUAAUAGGAAAUACUAGAUAAAUCAGACUAUAUUAAUAUAUUUUCAC